AUGGCCCGUCCUGUGCUUCAUGCAACGCGGUCAUCCACUUUCGUGGGCGCUGCCGUUGGAACUGCGGUGCGCAUCGUGCGUAUGACACUUCCGCGCUCUCCAAUGUCCCUUUUUGCCCUGACUGCUGGCACACUUGGGCCCAUAGCCUGGCCGCAGCACCUCGCCGCGCUGAUGCUGCGCCUGUCUCAGACCGGCUUCUCCUUCACCUUCGUGGGUUGGCGGCUGCGUGCACCCCCGGCGCUGGGUCCGGGCAAGUGCACUCUACUCCUCUCCCUACCAGGCGGGUCCGACGCUGGCUGCUGCGACGCCUAUCUUCUGAGGGUCACGCCCCGCUCUCUCUGCUACUGCAAGAGCUGCGGCAGCUCGCGCAAGGGGUAG